GAUUUCAGUACAGUACAUUCGGAAGUAAGCGAAGGUGUAGUAGUUAUCGUUAAAAUUUUUCGGACAGUUUUAGGCAUCAUCUGUCACCAAGGUGAAGUACUCGAGUUGACAGAAUGCCCCCGAAAAAGGCGCCGGCGCCGAGUAAAAAAGCGGAUCAAAAGAAAAAGGAAAAAGUUAUCGAGGACAAAACGUUUGGUAUAAAAAACAAGAAGGGUGCCAAGCAACAGAAGUUUAUUCAGCAAGUUGAAAAGCAAGUGAAAUCUGGUGGCGUAAAUCCUCGCAAAGUCGAGGAUCCCAAUGCUAAAAAGUUGGAAAAGGAGAAGAAGCUAAAGGAGCAAAAGGAAUUGGCUCUUAUUUUUAAACCUGUUCAAACGCAAAAGAUUGAUAAAGGCAUAGAUCCCAAGUCUGUCGUGUGUGCAUUUUUUAAGCAAGGACAAUGUACAAAAGGAGAGAGGUGUAAAUUUUCGCAUGAUUUGAGUAUUGAACGGAAAGCUGAAAAACGAUCUUUAUAUUGUGAUAUGAGAGAUGAUGAUAAGGAGGAGGAUACAAUGGAUAAGUGGGACGAGGAUAAGCUAAAAGAAGUUGUGGAAAAGAAACAUGGCAGUGGCAGUCGUCCAACUACUGAUAUUAUAUGCAGACACUUCUUAGAAGCAGUAGAGAAAUCGAAAUAUGGUUGGUUUUGGGAAUGUCCGUCUGGUCAAAAAUGUAUCUAUAGGCAUGCUUUACCUCCUGGAUUUGUCUUGAAAAAAGAUAAGAAAAAGGAAGACAAGAAGGAUGAGAUUUCUUUAGAAGAUCUAAUAGAAACAGAAAGAGCCAAUUUAGGACCUAAUCAGACUAAGAUAACACUAGAAACAUUUUUGGCUUGGAAGAAGAGAAAGUUGAAAGAGAAACAGGAACAAGCAAUCAAGGAUGAAGAGAAGAAACGAAGUGACUAUAAGGCUGGUCGCCAAGUCGGUAUAUCAGGAAGAGAAAUGUUUUACUUUAAUCCAGAUCUUGCAGCAGGAGAUGGUAUCGACGAAGGAGAUGAAGCAAUAUCUAGUUAUGUUCGUGAAGAAGAUGAGUCUGAAGAUAUACAAUAUAGGGAACUCGAUACAGACCGCCUUGCUUUUGAAGCUAGCGAAAUCGAUACUAACGGUAUCACGGUGGCGACUGAAGAUCGGUUAAAGGCCAGCAAUACUACUGAUAACAAUGAAGAUACUACAGCAACUAUGGAUGAGGGUGCUAUUGCUGUAGCCAUUAAUGAAAAUCUUUUCGUGGAAGAAGACCUAGAAGGCUUGGAAGAAGAAUUGGGGGACCUGGACUUGGAGGAGUAAGCCAGAUGUCCCCGAUCGUGUCUCCUCACUAUCCCUCUUCCCUCUGUUUUAUUCUUUAAAUACGUAUCACUCGGAUAAUCAUUAAACUUCAGUGUGAUGCACUGUAUAUUGUAUAUAUUGUAUUGUGUUUACAUACUGUAUUUGUGUAUUCGAACAUGUAUACAGAAAGCUGACAUUGCGCAAAGUGAUACGUCAGAACUCAAUACCGUCUCCAUCUCCACCGAUUAAAAUCAAGUCUUUUUAUAAUGUCAAGUUUAUCUAAUU